AUGGCCAAUAAAAUGUUGAUGUCAGAAUCUUUGUUCUGGAAGCAUCUGUGCAGGGCUCAAAGUAAUGGCCAGCAACGGAGCAGUUCAACUGUGCUUGAGCGGAGGCAGUUUUGCCAAUGGCCCUGUAAGUGCCCCCCCAGACCUCAGUGUGCCCCAGGUGUCAGCUCUGUGCUGGACGGCUGCGGUUGCUGCAAGACCUGUGCCCGACAGAUUGGCCAGCCAUGCAAUGAGAGAGACAUCUGCGAUCCCCACAAGGGCAUGUACUGCGACUUCUCUGCAGAUCAGCCCCGUUAUGAGGUUGGAGUCUGUGCUUACAUGAUGGCAGUGGGGUGUGAUCUAAAUGGAGCUCAUUAUGACAAUGGCCAAGCUUUCCAGCCUAAUGCAAUGUAUAAGUGCACAUGUAUUGCUGGUGCCAUUGGCUGCACUCCUGCCUUCAUUCAGAAACCAGCAGGGCUGCUGGGUCCUGCCCCAAUGCAAGGCAACACUCCAGCUGGCCUCAGGAGCAUUCAUGGCCCCAGGAAACACCAACAAGACACUACCUAUCAAGCCAUGUCAGCUUACAGGGAUCCUCCUUUAGUCUGGAAGAAGAACUGCCUGGUUCAGACCACUCCCUGGAGCCCCUGUUCACAAACCUGUGGUCUGGGCAUCUCUGUGCGCGUCAACAAUGACAACAGCAAGUGUGAGAUGAGGAAAGACCGACGCCUUUGCCUGCUGAGGCCAUGUGAGAAGAAAGCCCUGAAGAAUGUCAAAAUCCCAAGAGGAAAGACGUGUCGACCUAAGUUCCAGGCAAAGAAAGCAGAAAAGCUAAGCCUGUCUGGCUGCUCCAGUACUAAGAAAUACAGACCCACCUACUGUGGAAUGUGCACAGAUAAACGCUGUUGCAUCCCUAACAAGUCACGCAUGAUAAACGUGGAGUUCAGCUGCAAGAGUGGCUCCAACGUGCGGUGGAAAAUGCAGUGGAUCACCUCAUGUGUGUGCCAGAGGAAAUGUAAUGAUCCAGAGGACAUGUUUGCUGAACUUCAAUUCCUAUAAGACAUUCAAGAGCAUCUCUAA